CGCCGGCCAUUUUGGAUCACAAUGCUCAACCGUGCUGCUGCCAGACUUCCUCCAAUAAAGGAGCCGUAAAGCUUUUGUGUCGUCUGUUCCGAGCCAACUCUAUGUAAGCGCACAAGCGGGCUGAACGGUGUGUGAUGAUGCGUCUAUCCGCAAAUACAUGCUCUCCAUGUAGAAUGCUUUGCGGGCUUAACUGCUGUUGGAUGUUGGCUCCGUACUCCUAAACGAGCUGGAAAAACAGGCCGCCUUUGCCGACGAAGGUGGUAUUUUGUGCAGGUAACGCCUGUGCUAGCCCGUUAUGGUUAUUGAGUAUGCUACUUUCACGUAGGUGCGCGUAAACUACCACCCACUAAACAUCUUUAAUAGUAGUCGAUCUUUUUUGUUGUCGUGGAAGAUUCUUGUUCAAUUUCACAAUAGAACAGAAAGAGGCCACCGUUUUCACUUUAAGGAACUUUUCUAUCCGGCAACCCAUAGGACGGCAAAAGAUUACCAACAUACUUUCACAUCCUGUGAUGCUUUCAGCGUACAUAGGCAACUCAAAUCUAUGCUCAUAGCCUGUUGUAGCAGGCGACCACGUAGAGUGGUGGGAUUAAAGCCUGCGGAACCCGCACGUGUGUGUGCAGUUUAGUUAAUUCUGUUGUAAAUCGUCGCGCGAAGUUGUAAAGGCGCGGUUUUGACGCAACGAAUUCAUACUGAGUCUGGAAGAGGCACCGAAUAUUGAAAUGUCACAUUGGAGCCAAACUGAGAUCCUUAUCCGAAAGCUGCGCCCUACCUGCGCAGCUUCUCGUUCCGUGUCAAGCAGACACGUCGAGGAUAGAUAUUAAAAACGGCUUUAAUAUACCAUUGCAUUGAGAUAUGCUAAGCGCUGUGAGUGUGUCUCCGUGGGAUAAAGAAGUGAAGAAGUCGAGUCACAUCGAUUGCGGUCGGAAAUGAGUUGAUGUGUACUGAAUAUAACUUUCGACCAAUUAACUGCAAGAGAUGCCGUCACUUGCGGGAGAAUUGCUGGUAAAAAAUGAGCUCAAGAAGCUGGAUUUUAGCCGAGAUGGACAUGUUUACGUGGAACGUUACACAGUCAGCGAGUUAACUAACAUUGCCAAACUGAUGAAAUCUAAGAGAGCGUUUCGGCAUCUCUUAAAACGCCCAGAAGACAAAAUGCGGCAUUUGGAAAAACCGUUAGUGGAUCCUCAGUCUCGAAUCAAACUUGAGACCACUCCGCUCACAUCAUCUUUGAAAAUGGUCAUCAAAGUACAACAAGUUUCCUCAAGUAGUUCGUCGGAUGAUUCCGAGGAAAGCAAUGACGAGGAUGACGUGGAAGAGCCUUUCGUUGAUGACGAGAUCUUCAGCAAAGUUUUCAAGCCGAUUAGAUCUAGUUCGUUGAAACGGAAUACUUCAUCAUCGAACGUGCCUAGUUCGGCGUUGGUGAACUCGUCCCGACUGGAGCGGGAAAAUACUCAACGUCAUCUUGGGUCCGACAGUAAGGCCAACACAACAUUAAGAUCGACUAAAUAUCUUGAAUCGGAUGUCGAUGAAGAAACGUUCAACAAAACCUUCAGGCGGGUUCGCCUUUUUCCGGUGGAAAAGGAUGAUCCAGUUGACAAAUCCUCAAUGUCAGGUGCACUAGCAACAGCUAAAAGCUACUGUGGAGCAUCGAUACUAUUUGACUCAAUGUCAAUUGACGCAAAGGAAGUGAAUCCACCCACGGGCGUUUUUGUUCCGCCGAAAACAAACGAUCAGCCCGCUGCCCAUAAAACCGAGGAGUCGCUUAGUGUUGAAGCGGCAGCCCACAGUCUGGUAAAAUCAGUAGCGAAUUCGGAAAAGGAGGGGAAGCCGAACAGAGUUGGUGAGGAAUUACUUUCGGUAGUUGAUCCUUUCGCCUCAACUUGCCUGCAGAAGUAUCUGAAGCGAUACCACGACUUCAAGGCAAAGUCUUCGGAUUUGGUUUCGCCAAAGAUGAAACUGAUUGACCCGCCAGAAACGUCGACAGACUCUACACCGUCCGUAUCAUCACGGACAUCGUCGAACAAGGAUCGUUUAUCGCAAGCGCACAAGCCUUUAACCUACCUUAACGAUGUUUGCGAUGACAACAACCCUCUACGGAAAUCAAAAAUUCCAAAAACUCUGCCGUGCAUAGCCGAAAAACCGGAAAUACCUCCUACAACCGAAUCUCAGCCUUCUGCAACCAAUGUGCCCACCAGCCCACCAGCCCAAGGUAUGAUGCCUGAGAGUUCUUCCGACGACUUAAUGCUACAUACGGUGGACGCGAGAACUCAUCAGGACUGGCAGGAUAAAAAGGCAGCUCGUCUGUUUCGAAGAUCUCUUCUGUUCGUCAAAAAAGGAGGUCGUGUAUCAGUGUCACGAUAUGCGCCAGACUUCGCUAGCGUAGGAGUCACACAGAAUUCUGCUAUAUAUGCGGCCUCGGCAUUAACCUCUGCGGACCGUCUGGUGACACAGGAACAGGUGCAAGAACAAAGGGAGCUAAGGCAACGUUUAACGACAGCGGAAGAUAGCGUGGAUACGAAACAACAUAUCGACACUCAUCAAAGCGAGGUUGUCACAGGUAAUGAACCGUCGUCAGCUGCGAUCAAACAGACGAAAAACGCCAAAAAAGACACAACUGAAACAAAGGGGCCUGCCAAUUCGGUUAUUUCAACACAGGUCGUGCAGGAAAUUAACGACGCUUCGUCAGACAAGCUUGCGAUGACACGCCGUGGUAGAACUAUUAAACGAGCUUCGCGGUUCACAGAUUUUCUUGUAGGUGACACGAGAUUACCCACAAAACGAAGCGAAAAGUUGAAAGAACGACGAGUAUCGAAAACAAUCGAAACUUGUCCACAGAAAUGGGAUGAAGGCCAAGACGUUACAGAUCGCCAGCAACAAGCCAUGAUGCCGCCAAUAACGCAAAACACCGAGGUUCUUACUAGCAUCACUAAGCGACAGCAAAAGUCACCAAUUGCUGGUAGCCUAAAGAAAAGUAGUGACAGGGACUCACCUAGCAGUAUCGAUCCGUUCAUGUCAUCAGGUGACGAGGCCGAACUCGAUGAGCAGGAGGUCCCAGAGCAAAAGUUCGUACCCUCACUUAACGAGGUUACCCACGAAGCACAGUCAACAAACGAAAUUCCAGAUAAAGCCGACAGCGAAGGCCAGUAUCCCGACCGGACAAUUGCGCCGGUAAUGUUUAUUGCCGAUGUAGAAGCAAAAUUAGCGACGGAAUCGCCGAAGGCAAAGACGCUGCCCCUGGCACCGCCUUCUCAGAGGAGUCCUCGAAUAAAUGAAUCGUUUCCACCGAGAGCAAGUGCAGCUCCACCUGCGCCCAGCUGGCAGGCGGAAGUUCAACGGGUGCAAAAAGUGCUUAUCAACCCAGCAAUGGGCGUCACAGCUUCGGAGGAGCUCGCGGCUAUUGUAGAGCUCAGCCAAAUGUUGUAUAAUGAGCCAUGCACCGUAAGCGUGGAACAGCUCAUGAAAGAUCUAAAGACGUCUUUUUCUAUCGAACUUCGCAAUCACGAACAGCUCAUUCGUUGGAAGAAAUUUCUCAUUAUGCGUAAGCUUGAGAUGCGUGCAAGACUGAGACACCUUAGAGAAAUCCACAAAAAGCAUUGUCCACUACCACACAGGAUAACCUAUGUAGGGCGUCAACAAGCUCUGCAUGGUACCAUGGCUCUGGCAGCAUCCGGCAGUACUUCUAACAAAAUCACACCGAGCCGACACCCAGGACUUAAGCCAUCUCAGCUGACAUCACUUAUUCAACCAGGAGAGCCGGUGAUUGUUGUACCGAGUUUGCAUGGCCGCAGUAGGUGCGUCAACGCUGGCACAGCUACGUCUUCCGCAAAGGGUCAUGUUGUUUACGUACCACAGAACGGUCCCGGCAAUCUCUCAGUUACAAAAGUAUCGCCUCCUCUAUUGGCUGUACAUCCAAUUGGCGCUCAGUCGAAUCCAGUUGUGCCGAUAUCACCAAUAAUUCCAGCCGGGCAAAGAUUUGAGGUACCGACUUCUGUUUCACCCUUUUUGGCAAACCACGCAACACCACAUCGACAUGUAGUGUCAGCUCCAAUAUCUAAAGCAGGCUUGCGACCUGUGCCAGCUCCCAAGGGUGUACCUGUAGUAACCCAAGGACUUUCGCGCACGGGUAAAAUUCUGCUCAAACCUAUAGGAGGCAGCUUUGCCGGUUCUCCGCCGCGUAUUAUUCGCCGAUUGAUUCCCAUCAAUCGAACAUCCAAUGGAACUCCAGUUGUUACACCUUUAUCGUUGCCAUCAAUGGCUAGCAACGGCGUUGCUCAAUCUCGUCCAGGGAUAUCCUUGCUUAGGAAGCUGGGCUCUAAUGAUAGCGGUAGCACAACGGCAUCACUAUUACCAACAUCACAAUCGGCGUCUUAUAUUUCAACGGUCAAUGGAAGGCCACCCGUGGCUUAUCUGCGAUUAUUGAAUCCAGCCGAUGAUGGUAUGCAGCCUCUAGGAGGAAAUACAGCCCCAGCAGAAACAACCCCAAGCAAUUCAGCAGAAACAUCUGAAACCGGCAUUGCACGAAAUUCUGCUGCCAGCACUACUUCGCUACAGCGACGGAAGCAGUCGCUUAAGCCGUCGAUUAAUUUCGACCUGAUGCCCCCCCCACUUGGUCGGCCCCCGAAAGCAAAAGCUUCUGUUUCUCCAUAAACUGAAUUUAAGUGCCAGUCCAUCUACAAUGCCUUUUGCCUUCAAAACCGUCAUGUCCACUCGAACGAUUCACUACAGAGUGGUGCCACUACCCAAUGGCAACAAUAUGUACAUUUGAGCAAACUGGGAAUCUGGAACGGACCAAUUCGACAGCCCAGCACCUAGCGAAGUAUUUGUCAGAGUCAUAGCGACCACAUUAUGGUGACAUAUACAAAAGAGAAACGUAUGCAGCUGUUUUUAUAAUAUAAUAGGGUAAAUGGGGUCGGGGAAAAGAGUAAUAAAACCAGGUGCUCGCGUUGAAGUUGAUGGACGAUCGUAAAAGAGCUUCAUUGAUGCAUUAAAACUAAAUCGUAUUUAAAAGAAUCGAUGGAAGCGACAUUUGGAGGUUAUAAGAGUCAAACUGUGAAUUUCGUUCCUUAAAAAAAGAUAUAAUAACUACGUUAUAGUAUCUUUCUUUUGGCAGCUCUUUGUUAUUAAGGGUGCGUCAACUUUUUAUGCGCUGGCUGAAAGCACAGCCUGAGAUAAAUACAGAGCGAUAUACAGGCUAUCAAGGGACGUGACUAUGUUGCAAUGUAAAUUGGGAUAAAAGGUCGCAAAUGAUAUUUCAUAAUACUUACGAACAACAAUCAUAUUAAGUAGUGCAAAAUUUUCUCCAGAGAUGUCCCAUAUUGCAGACGCAUAGCAUGAAAUAAAGAAAGGAUUUUGACUGCUGAUUCAUACUGCCUAUGUUUGUAUAUACGGUAAACGUUUUUCUGGCCAUGAGAUAGCGACCCCGUUGUGUGAAAUACAGGCAACCUGUAAAAACUGCUAAAAUAGUUAUUCGCCUCACGUUAAUGAAGAUUACAGUUAUCGAUUCCUCUGAUUUAACCGAGCGAGGUGUUAUCACCUGUACAUACACACGUAUACAUAUUUAUAUCGAAAUUCUAAUGCGAAAUACCAAAGUUGUUUGUAUAACAAUGUUGGCUAUAAGAUAAAAACGAAGCAAAAAAUAAACUAUUAUUUUUA